AUGCCCGCCGCACCUGAAGAUCACACCACAAUCAGUCCGACUGUCGAGCCGGACGAAGAGUUCACGUACGACGAUGCGACAUGGGUGCUGACAGCUGCCAUAGUCAUAUUCACUAUGCAAACCGGCUUCGGCCUCCUCGAGUCCGGCUGCGUGUCGCAGAAGAACGAGGUCAACAUCCUCAUGAAGAAUGCCGCCGACGUCAUCCUGGGCGGCCUCACCUACUGGCUGUUCGGCUUCGGCCUGCAGCACGGUACGGGCAACAGCCCCGACAACGACUUCAGCGCCGUCGGACGGUUCAUGGUGGACGCCAAGCCGGACGACAUGGGACUAGUCUUUUCCAGCUUCAUCUUCCAGCUGUCCUUCUCGACCACCGCCACCACGAUCGUGUCUGGGGCGAUGGCCGAGCGGGCCAACUACAACGCGUACUGCGUCUUCUCGCUGUUGAACACCAUCGUGUACUGCAUCCCGGCCGGCUGGGUCUGGGGAGACCACGGCUUCCUGAAGAAGAUGGGCGCCAUAGACUUCGCCGGUUCCGGCUGCGUCCACCUACUCGGCGGAGCGUCGGCCCUGGUAGCCGCCGUGCUCCUGGGUCCGAGGCGUGGUCGUUUCGGCGAUGGCAGCGACGAGAAGGUCCAGCAGAUGAGUCGCCCUACUAACGUGCUGCUAGGAACGUUCACGCUUUGGUGGGGCUGGCUUGUGUUCAACUGCGGCAGCUCGUUUGGCGUGAGGCACGACAAAUGGAAGUACGCAUCCAGGGCGGCGGUGACAACGAUAAACGCUUCUCUGGGCGGAGGCAUCGUUGGAGUUUUUUAUUCUUACUUCAUGACACGCAAGUUUCUAGUCGACGAUAUCGUGAACGCCAUCUUGACAGCCCUCGUCGCCGUCACAGCUGGGUCGGGUUUCUACUCUGCCUACGAGAGCCUCGUGGUGGGCGUGACUGGCGCUCUGUUCGCCUGUUGGGUGCCGGCAGCCCUGGAACGACUACGCAUCGACGACCCCGUAGGAGCGGUUGCCGUGCACGGCGUGGGCGGCGUCUGGGGCCUGCUAGCCGUCGGCUUGUUCGCAGACGCCGACUCACUGCUACGCUUGACGUCUGGCCGCAGCGGCCUCUUCAAAGGUGGCGGUGCCUACCUUCUCGGAGUGCAGGCGCUCGCGGCGCUCUGCAUCGGAGCUUGGAGCGUGCUGACCUCUUACGUUUUGCUAAAGGGCAUCAGUUACGUGAUUCCCAUCCGGAUGACCGAGCUGGAAGAAGUGCUGGGCGCGGACCUGAUGGAGCACAACCUCAGCUACCCGGACUACGACUACGACGCGGUGCUGGCUCACUUCCACAGUCGGGGCGUCGACGUCAGUCACGUGCCUCCGAUCUCACAUCGCGGAGACUGGGACCGGCGCAUCUUCGACGAGUACCUACUGGGCAAACGGGGCCGUCAUGCUUCGAGAGCAGAUGGCAGGCUGGCGGCCUACGUCACGAACUACGUCAGGGAAAUGCCCCGGAAGUUUGAGACUCCGGUCAGCAUCGGUCUCUUCGUCUCCGACAAGCGACACCUCGAGGCGGAACAAGAAGAAAAGGGAAAGAUGCGUUUCAUUGCCUACAUCGCUGUUCUCGUGCUCACGGCUGCUGUCGCCCUCGCCGGCUAUCAUGGUCAUGGCUACGGAGGCUACGGCGGUCACGGUGGGUAUGGAGGCCACGGCGGAGGAUACGGGGGCCACGGAGGGGGCUACGGAGGCUACGGAGGCCAUGGAGGAGGUUACGGAGGCCACGGGCACGGAGGAUACGGCGGCUACGGAAGGCGGUGA